AUGUCAACAGCAGCAUCCACCAUGAACGGCACAGUCGAAAAGGUUUUCUAUCUCUCUUCCCUUGCCGUGGGAUCCUGGGUAGCUAAGAGACUCCUGGACGAAUAUGCCGACCUCCCACUGCAUCUCCUCUGCUCCAGCAUCGAGGUCCACUCCUAUGAUGAGGCCUACAAUUAUCUCCUCUACUGGCUUAUGAAGCAAAAACUCGACGCAAACAAAAACCGCUUGCUGGCUUUAACGUCGCUGACGAGCGGCCAGGGGGGUUUCUUCGGCGAAGACACCAACAAGGACAAUGAUGCGGCCGAGGAGGACGAACUGGAGGUCCACGCGGAUGCAGAAUACAAGGCCUCCCUGGCGAAUACCCGUCCCUUGCUCUGGACUCCCUCGGCGGGAACACACUGGUUCCGAUAUCGCGGUCGGUUUCUGGCGCUCACGCGGGAGGUAGAGGAAAAUCGGCAAACAGUGUACACGCGCACAGAGAAGCUGCGGGUCUCUUGUUUGGGAUGGGAUCCAGCCAUUCUGAAAGAGUUGAUGCAGGAUGCUCGGGUGGCGUUCUCGCAAAAGGAGAAGGGGAGGACAGUGAUCUACCGCGCCAUGAAGUCGAUUUACGAUGGCGAGUUGGCUUGGAAAAGGUUGACUUCGCGUCCUGCUCGACCACUGUCCACAGUCAUUCUGGACGAGGCAGUCAAGCACGCGUUUCUCGAAGACAUUCAGCACUAUCUGCACCCCAGUACGAUGCGCUGGUACAGCGACCGUGGCAUUCCCUAUCGGCGGGGAUACCUGUUUUAUGGGCCGCCUGGCACGGGGAAGUCCAGUCUCGCGUUCGCCGCAGCAGGGUUUCUCGGCUUGAAUGUGUACAUGGUCAACCUGAACUCGCAGCAGCUUACGGAGGAUGCCUUGACGCAGUUGUUUCUGACGCUUCCGAGACGGUGUCUGGUGCUGCUGGAAGAUAUCGACGCCAAUGAAGUAACUGGUCGUCGCAAGCCAGCUGCACGGCGCCGAAAGGGGAAGAACGGGAUCUCGCUCUCGGCCUUGUUGAAUAUCAUCGACGGCGUCGCGGCUCAGGAGGGCCGGGUGCUGAUUAUGACGACGAAUCACCAUGAGCACCUAGAUCCGGCGCUCAUUCGACCUGGCCGGGUCGACUACAAGCUCGAGUUUCAGCUCGCCAGUCGAGAUCUCUGUGCGACCAUGUUUCGGAAUAUCUUCCAGGUCUACACACCGUCUGAAGUGGGCAGUGCACAGGUUGCCGCCUCUUCCACUCAGGGUGGCCUAUCGGAAAAAGACGGGUCUACAGCGAUUGAUCUCCAAGAUGUCGCCAAAGUAUUUGCGGGGAAGAUUCCGCCCGGUACCUUUUCUCCUGCUGAGGUUCAGGGAUAUUUGCUGCGGUAUCGAGAUUCACCAGAGGAUGCUGUAGCGGGUGUCGAAUCAUGGGUUGAAACAUCGCAGGCCGAGAAAGCAGCUAAUGACCAAGUGCUUGAAGACAAAGCAGCCCAAAGUAGUGAGAGUGAAUCUGAGGACGAUUCUGAGGAUGACAAUGAGGAGCAGCCAGAUGAAGACGCAUCUUGA